AUGGAGUCUGAUUCUGAGGAGGAAUUCUCAACAUUAGUGGGACUUAUUUCAUGUCGUUCGAAGAAAAAAAGAAACAGGCGUAUGUGGGUACUACCAAUUGUCAAGGAACGAACUGAGGAAAGUUUGUUUCAUACUUUAUUUAAUGAUGCGAUCAAAACAGAUGACGAAAAAUUCUUGAAUUUUGUACGAAUGCCAAAAGAUUCGUUUUAUGAACGUCUGACUCUGAUAAAGAAUCAAAUAGCUAAGCAUGAUACGGCAAUGAGAAGAAGUAUUCCACCGGCAGAAAAACUGGUGAUAACGCUGAGGUGA